AUGGAUCAACACCAGCGCGGCAGGUCGCCGUCUGGCGCUGCCGACUCGCAGCAUCAUAUAAAUCAAAGUCACUCGCCAUCUCCGGCCCGCCCCUUCGACCCCAACAAUGUAGCCGCAUCUAGCAUGGGACUGGGAUUAGGAAUCGACCCAUCCUCCCAGCAACAGCAAUUCUCUGGCACUUCACAGCCCGACUUCUCCACAUAUAACAACGGCUUCCUGACCCCAUCCGCCCUCGGCCAGGAUCCAGCAUUUGACAUCAAUCAGUCCUUUGGAGACCAGCUCAAGGCCGACUCAUCAUCCCAGUUCGGCCAGAACUUCCUGACGCCACAAGCCAACUUCACUGACGACUUCACCAUCUUCCCGACAUCGUCGGCAGACCAGUCCAACGCGCCGCUCUUUGUCGACAACCAGCAGCUCGGCACUCCCGACAUGAACGCCAUGGCCGCCUCCCAGGCGCACCACAGCCCUACCCCUCCGCAUCUCCUCAGGCCGGAGCCGCACCAGCCCGGCUCUGCCCACCAGUCGCCUUCCUUCAACCAGCACCAGUUCUCUUCCCCGCCCGGCAGCCACUCCCGGAACGUCUCGCUAGGACCCGAGGCUGCCCUCCUCCCUCAGUUCCAGGGCCACAGGAGAACGCCCUCGGCCUCUGAGUACUCGGACGUCUCGUCCGUGACCCAUUCUCCCAACCUGGUCGGCCAGGACAGCUUCGAUGGCCUCGAGCACUCUCCCAUGCAGCGACCGCAGGAUGGCGCGCUCUACUCUGAACUGCACGGCAUUGGUACGUUUAGUAUCUCGGACCACUCCAGCCCCAACCAGGGCCUGGGUCGCAGUCCGUCACACAGCCCGGCCAUCUCGCCUCGGAUAUUGCCUCAAUCGAUGCCCGAGCUCGGCCAAGCCGGUCUCAUGCUGCAAGGCCAGAACGGCAUGGGCCAGGGCUACGGCAUGCCGAUGGGAGAGGCCUUCCCUGCUCUGCCUCAGAUGAGCGUCACAGAUAUGGCCCAGGAUCCGUCGCAGCAGAUGCCCCAGAUGGCUGCGCCGACCAUCGAGAUUGACUACGCCCCGACGGCUCAGCGAAGCGUUUUUGACGGCAACAAGCCCUCACUCGACACAGAUGCGUUGACUCCCCCCGAGCGAGGUAGGUUCCAGUCUCGUCGCAUUGGGUCAAUGUGGACCAAUGAUGCUAACUUUACGAUGACAGGUCGGCCCAGGUCGCGUCCCCGAGCGCAUACUGACCCGUUCAACAAUGGCGGUGCAGUCAUGGGACGCCCAUCCCCAAGCAGCAGCUUGUCGCCCAAUCCGGGAUCUGAGUCUUCUCGGUCUCUGUCACCCUUUGACCGCACAGGCACCUCGCCCAACAGGAGGAGGCAGUCGACGUCGGCCGUGCCGAAUAACGUCAUGGCGCUCCGCCUCGCGGACCCAGAAUUCGCGGCCACUGUAGCUGGGGAUGCGGGUGGGUCCGCGGCCGGUGGGCCCAAGCGCGUCCAGAAGCACCCUGCCACCUUCCAGUGCACAUUGUGCCCCAAGCGGUUCACUCGGGCGUACAACUUGCGGUCACACCUGCGCACGCACACGGACGAGAGGCCAUUUGUCUGCACGGUCUGCGGCAAGGCUUUCGCGCGGCAGCACGACCGAAAGAGGCACGAGGGCCUGCACUCGGGAGAGAAGAAGUUUGUCUGCAAGGGCGACCUCAAGGCAGGCGGCCAAUGGGGGUGCGGCAGGAGGUUCGCCCGCGCCGACGCCUUGGGCAGGCAUUUCCGCUCCGAGGCGGGCCGCAUCUGCAUCAAGCCGCUGCUCGACGAGGAGAUGAUGGAGAGGCAGCGGGCCUGGCACGAGCAGAACAUGCAGGCGCAGGCGCAGCAGAACAUGAUGAUGGCGCCGCAGAUCGACCCCAGCACCGGGUUCGCGAUCGACGCGUCGGGCCAGUAUGCACUGCCCGCAGCCUUGCUGGCGCAGUACCCCGCCCUCGCGCAGAUGAACUGGGCUGCGGCCGACAUGUCGGGCGGGGGCGGGGGCGGAGGCGGCGGCUCGGGAUUGGAGGACGACCUCAGCGGCCGGAGCAGCUUCGACGCCAGCGACUACGACGAGAACGACGACGGCGGCUACGUCUCUGGGCCCGGCACCGGCUUUGGGCAGGGCGGCAUGGGCGAAGGGUUCGGCGAGAUGGGCUAUGCUUCUGACUAUGGCGGUCGCUAG